CGACCUAUCUAUCCAUGUGUCUAUCUGUAACUAUCUAUCUAUUGCUUUGCAAACACUUAUAUGUCCUUCAGGAAAUGCAUAUCUAGUUUACUUUAAGCUGUAAACAUUAACAGUAAAGACAAGACUUUUUUGCCUGUAUCCAAUGAAAAAUAUUAGUAUCUUUUUACUAAUUUGUAUCAAAUAUAAAAAUUAAGCGCCCCAACAGAUACAGACACAAAAACACCUCACGUAUGCCCCAGUUAAUCUCUGUAAUUCAUCUGGCAAGUAAAUAUAGCGCACGGUGUCCGUGCCUCGUACUGGUUUGUCCUUACAAGGUACUGAAUCCAUCCAUGACCCCUGCGGUCACUAAAAGUGAAACUGAAAGAGAACGAGAGAAAGCGAAAUAGGCAAACGUAUGUCCUAAGAAGUUAAAGAAGAUAAGAUAAAAACACGUCUGAACUAAUAAACACAUAAACUGUGUUUGUCUUUCUAGCUAUGUCUAGCUAACUGUUCAAGUAUCAGAGACUGUGCUGUAUUAUCACUGGGCUGCAAAUUCCUGCAGCAUACACGACCUUGCAGCGUCGCUAGGCUGCCUGGUCCUGUGCGUGAUUUCUCGGAAAGCCCUUCUUUUCCUGAAUGAUGUGCCGACUGCAUCGGUUUUGGGCGGGUCCUAAGCUCUGAAAAGGACAUGCUCUCCCUCUGCGCCAGAAACAGAAUAACCGCAGCACUAACAACGAGCAGCAACCUGCUUUCCUUUUGCACACUCGCUCUGGUCCGUGCUACAACACCACUUUUCAGUACACAGCUCCUCUUCUUACAGCAGCGGCGAAAGCACGGUGUCUAGAGGACUGGCAAGGCUUUUUUGAACAUCACCUUAAAAGGGUAUUACCACUUUGAACAAGUGGUUCCAUUUUUUUUGUUGGACUUGCAGUUAAAACAAGAAAAGACAGCAGAGCAAGAAAACAUCAUGUGCAGAGAUCCCAUGCCAGAGCCCAUCUGUAUGGUGGAAAAUGUAAACGGGUCACUGCAUGUAAACACUGGAGCUAUUGAGUACCUGUACGGGAUUAACCAGCCGGUGGUGGUGGUGUCUGUGGUGGGGCUCUACCGCACGGGGAAAUCUUACCUCAUGAACCGCCUGGCAGGAAAACAAACUGGUUUUGCCCUGGGCAGCACCAUUGAGUCUAAGACUAAGGGCAUCUGGAUGUGGUGUGUCCCACACCCUUCUAAAGCAGAACACACUUUAGUGCUGCUGGACACUGAGGGACUGGGGGAUGUAGAUAAGGGAGACUCUAAGAACGAUGCCUGGAUCUUCUGCUUGGCUGUUCUGUUCAGCAGCACUCUGGUCUACAACAGCCGUGGCACCAUCGACAACACAGCACUGGAAAAGCUGCACUAUGUCACUGAGCUUGCAGAGCACAUUAGGAUCAAGUCACCUUCACCAGCAGGAGCUGAAGAUGAGGAGGAGCAGGACGACUCUCAGUUUGUGCAGUUUUUCCCAAAUUUCAUUUGGACGGUGCGAGACUUUGUUCUGGAGCUGGUGAUCGAGAAAAGGGGUCAGGUCACUGAGGACGAGUACCUGGAUUUUGCCCUUCAGCUAAAGAAAGGCAUGGGCAAGAAGCAAAGCAGUUAUAAUCUUCCACGGCAGUGUAUUCGAAGUUAUUUCCCUACCAGAAAGUGCUUUGUGUUCCCGUUGCCGGCCUCCCAAGAGAACAUGGCUCGCCUUGAGAGCCUGGACGAGCGUGAUAUUUGGCCAGACUUCCUGAAGGUCACACAGCGUUUCUGUGACUAUAUCUUUAAAGAGAGCAAUGUGAAAACACUUAAAGGAGGACACAAAGUCACUGGAAGGAUGUUUGGUCAUCUGGUGAAGUUGUACGUGGAUACAAUCUGUAGCGGCAAAGUGCCCUGUCUGGAGAAUGCUGUGGUCGCCAUGGCACAGAUAGAGAACCAGGCUGCUGUACAGGAAGGGCUUAAGGUGUACCAGAGUGGAAUGGAAAAGGUGAAGUUUCCUGUCAGCAUAAAUGAGAUUUCUGCUGAACACCAGAAGCUUAGCAACAUAGCCACCACUGAAUUCAUGAGGCGCUCCUUUAAGGAUGAACAAGGAGAGUAUCUCAGGAAAUUAACAGAGGCAGUAGAUAAGCACUAUGCUGUGCUACUUCAUGAGAACAUUGAGGUAUCAGAGAAAAAGUGUCAGGAGCUGCUGUCUGAUCUGCAUGAAGAGAUGAAUAAGAACCUGCAGCAGGGAGUUUACACAAAGCCUGGAGGAUACGAACUCUAUUGUAGGCACAGAGACAGCAUCAUCACCCAGUACCAUAUACAGCCCAACAAAGGAGUCAAGGCUGAGGACGUCUUGGAAGAAUUUUUAAGGGCCAGAAAUGUGGAAGCAAACUCAAUUCUCCAGACUGACAAAAAAAUGACUGAAAAUGAGAAAAAAAUUCAAGAAGAGAGGGAAAAAGCCGCUCUGAUAGAGCAGCAGAAAAAGGCAGCAGAGGAGAAACAGAUGGAGAUGGCACAAGUGAUGCAGGUGGAGAAAGAGAGUCAUCAGGAGCGGUUGCAGCAGAUGAAGGAGAAGUUUGAGGAGGAGAAGCGUUUGCAGCAGGAGGAGCUAAACAAAGCUGUGGAGAGCAAACUGGCCGAACAGAAAGACCUCCUGGAGAAAGGCUUCAAGGAGAAGGCCAAGCUGCUGGACCAGGAGAUAGAACAGCUAAAAAAAGAGAAAGAGAGUUCUGGCAGUGGCAGCAUUUUUAAAGAUUAUGUCAUGCCGAUUGUGCAUGCUGCUACAGAUAUAUUUUCUACAUUUCUCCAGUAUAAACUUAUGAGGAAAGCCAUGUUGUAACCCACCAGACAGGUGCUUUGCUAAAAAAUGCAAUGUUACAUUUACACUGUGAUAUUGCUUAAUUUUGCCUUUUAUUGUAUUGUCCAUCCCCGCGAUGGACUGUUGACCUGUCCAGGGUGUAUCCUGCCUUCCGCCCAAUGGCAGCUGGGAUAGGCUCCAGCACCCCACCGUGACCCAGAAGGAUAAGCGGCUUAGAUGAUGUGUGUGUGUGUGGGUGUGUGUGUGUAUUGUCUGUUUAUUUUGUGGUGCAUGUGCACUCAUGUCUUUGUCUUAAUAUUUAUGCACCAGAGAAGUAGCCAGAAUGUAUUUGUUAUAUUCUACCCCUGUAUAAGAAAGUUAAAUUAAAGUAAAUUUUAGCUUGAAUUAUUCUUAGGUGAACCAUUUUCUUAAAGGCCUUUUUCUGAUAGUUGCUGACAGUCGUUAUGCCACUGAUCAAUCUGGUUAUAAAUAUUUCCUAGUAUGAACCACAGUUGUUUUUGUGAUCCAACUACAUGUUGUUUUGUUGUCCCUAAAUUCUGGAAUCUUCAUGUUUUAUUUUUACUUUUUAAAUAGUGUUUGCAUUUAUUAUGUAUUGGAUUAAAUUCUUGUGCACUUG